AGGGUAGCAUUGGCAGUUAUCGUUCAACUUUCAAACCGUUUGGUCGGUGCAAGCGGGAAAGUGGCUAUCAAAAACAUUGCCGCGAAUCUUCACGCGCGGCGUUCGAAAAUUAAACUUCGACAUUUUUAUUUUUUAAUAGAACCAAUAGUUUUAACUUUUUUUAUGUGUAGCAAAGAAAUGUAUUAGGAUAGUGCUUUUUUGUUGAUAUUUUUUUAUGACCAGAAUAGUAAUGCGGUGAAAUUGUGUUUUGUGAAAGUGUUGAAGGAUUCGGUAUAUUAGCAAUGGAGCCUACGCGGUUUUUUUACAUCGGAUGUACGUUAUUACUGGCUGUUUUAAUAGACGUCGUGCAAUCAACGUGUGUUCUGGAAUCGGAUUUCGGUUUCAAAAUCAACUGCGCUUUCAAAAAGUCCGGCCUGUUUCGCGUGAGGAACUUAGGAGGGCUUAAAGCUCACGCCAGUAUUGGCUUUAGCCUUGGAGACGAGCUGGGCUUCGAGCAGUCUCUCACGAACCUGGACCCGAGCAGACGUCGGUCGGUCAACCUCAGGAAUGGAGCACCCAACAUCGUCGGAGACGCUACCCCGCGCCCCGCCGGGAAACAAGAGAAACGCGGCAAGCAAAAUAGGAUAAUGAUGAGGCCCAUGGCCCCGGCCAGUCGUCCAAACCAAGCAGCCAUGGACAAACUAUCCACCCUACACCGCAGGAUACCCAGUACCAUGCAGCCCAUUGUCGUACCCUCAGCAGAACCACCAAAGACAAUAUCUAGAAUAAGCACCGGCAGCGGACAAGGCAUAACACUCGCCAAGCCUGUGCCCAUGGGAGUCCCGCCUUUCAAGCCACUACCACCCAAAGAAGACACCCUAAAAGUUGUUCCAAUCGCCGCAGCCGCCAAUAAAGUCUACACUCCAUUGCAGAUCCCUCAGUCAAAAGGACCAGGACUCGCAUACCAAAGUGAGAAUUACCCACAAAGCCCAACAUCACACAGUCAAGUAUCAAAAAUGGUUUCGCAAAUGACCGCGGUACAGUUCUCGCCACAGCUACUCAGAAUAACACCAGCGCCAAUCAUCAUUAACACGCCAAAACUUUACUCCGUACCCAUGCCCACUACUGUCAAUCCAUUCGUUCCAAUGCCUGUCGCGCCUCCACCCACACAAGCCAUAUCAAUAAUACCUGCACCAGUAUUGAAACAAUCCAUUCAAACACAUCCAUCAACCUAUUCUCAACACUUUAUCCAAAAUCCUAUUUCUAAUUUUAUAGACCCGGUCCCUAAGCAAGUCCACGACAUCGCUAAUGCUUACAAUACGAAGAAGAUUGAUGACUACAACACGAUCACUGGUUACGGCGAUGAUACGACUCUUAAGUUCAACAAAGAAGAUAUAAAUUCGAAGAUAGCGGAGAUAGCGAGAGCUGGUAAUAUUUCAAUGGAAGCGGUAGAAGCAGCAAUUGCGUUGAGACAACAGCAGCUAUUGAAUAAGUACGCAAACUUCGAGGUGCCGUCAUCGACGACGACAACGACAACGACAACUACGACAACAGAGAAGCCGGUUGUGUUCCAGGCUCAGCCUGAACCGGAAAUUGUCGUAUCUUCUAUAGUUCAGAAACCAAAGAGGAACCCAACCAUCGGCAAAGUGAUGAACGCUCCUCGUGAGUACUACCCGGUGGGGUACGAGAAGAACUUCGACGACCAGUUCCAGUCCAAGGUGGACUUGCCCGAGACCAUGUUCCACUGCGGUGAUCAGAAGUACUUCCCUGGACUGUAUGGGGACGAGAGCCUUGGAUGUAUGGUGUUCCACGUCUGUGCCUUGACGGACGAUGGCCUCGUGAUGAAAUCUUUCCUAUGCCCAGAGUCGACGCUCUUCGACCAAACUAUCCUCAAGUGCAACUGGUGGUUCUACGUCGACUGUAAGAAUACUCGUCGUCUGUACGAUACCAACAUCCCUGUGUCUAAGAGCUACCAGCUCAUGAAAGCCUUGACUUUCUUUUCAUCGUACAAGAAGGAGAUGCAAGAUGAUGGUCGCCCAACAAAUCCCGAGGAAGUAGAAGGCAUAAAAGAGGCUAUAACUAUACUAGAAAAUCAAGAUGCCAGGCCGGUUCAAGGGAAUGGAUCUAAUAAUAUCCAAAUAGUCACUCCUCAACCUAUUGUAGUUGAUGAAAGAAGCAACGCUAAAAUUGAUCCCACAGGACCAUCACCCGUUUACCGUGCUACAAGAAAUUUCAACGUUUCGAACAACGCAAAUGGUUUCAAAAGAAGUCCAUCAAAAAUGAAUAAAGAAGAGCCAAAUAGUUCAGAGUAUAAAUUUAUUACAGUGAAUGCUGGUAUAAACUUUAAUAAAAGUGAUGAUAUUUCAAAGGAAAAGAAAUCUUCUAGAUAUAGCUCAGCAGAAAAUACUUCAAAAUCUAGUUCAGCAGAGAAUACUUCUAGAUUCAGCUCUGUCGAAAGAAAAUAUAGAAGACGUAUGACACUGAAAAAUAGCACCACAACAACUAUCAAACCUGUUGAAUCUACAACAUCUUCAGUAGAUAUCAAGCAGGAAAAUCAACCCACAGAAAAGUUUACUAUCACAGAAGUGAUACAAGAAAAGUUGACUGAUCAGCUCGAACCAAAUCAUAAAUAUGAUUCAUUUUUAGUAGAAUCACAAAACUUACCACCAGUCAAGAGAUUUUAUAGAUCAAGUGCUGAAAGUAGUAAAGAAGAAAAAGAAAUGGCUAUGAUAAAUAAUGAAAAGGUGCAAAUAGUAAGGCCUACAUCUAUGGCUAGACUUGUAGGAGAGUAUCAAACUCCUACGGCUACAAUAGCUAAGUUAGAUGAGGCAGUGUUAGGUAAGCCAAAAAAUAAGAAGUCUACAAUCUCAAUUGUAACCCCUGAAAUUCACAAAGAUCGGUAUAAUCCGACCGGGGAUCAAACGUAGUAAACAAUUUUCUUAGUCAAUAACUAAACUUAAGUGUCAUAUAAAACUCUUGUUAAUUUAUUUAUUUCUCUUUAGUACGCGAGCAUAAGCCACUUGCAGACUUCGUACUUGCUCAAUGUUUUUUAAUGUAGUCUAGUGGAAUCAGUCAAGUGAUAUUACGGUGUAUGUUUAGAUGUAUAGAAAUAAAAUUAUGUUUCCUAAA